CUUCGCCACAUGAUCCGGCCAUCGCGUGACUCCCAUCUCGAAGUUGCAGGAGGAAAGAGGGCAGAAAGCCUGCAAGAGCUUCCUAGGAGCGAGCGAAAGCGUGUUGCUCUUCCUCCCAUCCCGACCCUCUAGUCUCCUAAAAACUUGCCAUGGCCUCUCCGCGGCUGGAAACUUUCUGUUGCCCCAACCGGGACGUCUCCACGAAGCUUGUCGUGUCUUUCAAGCCAGAGAUCUUUUGUGGGGUUUGCCUUGGCAGCGCCUCGGCCGGGAUUUUCUUGACCGCCCUGCAGCUCCUCCCGAAGAAGGGCCGGGGGUCCCGGGCGAUUUCCAAGGCUUCCUCCUCCUCCUCCACCAUCCUCCUCCUCAUCUCCGCCUGUGAUAUGUUGGGCUCUCUGGGUAUAAUCUUCCGAUCUAUCGUCUGGUUAGGAUUCCCAGACUUUGUGGCAAACAUAUCUUUAGCAAAUGAAACUAAUAUAUGGCCUGCUACAUUCUGUGUAGGAAGUGCGAUGUGGAUUCAACUUUUGUACAGUGCUGUCUUUUGGUGGCUGUUUUGCUAUGCUGUGGAUUCAUACUUGGUUGUUAGAAGAUCAGCAGGAGUAAGCACUAUUGUGUUGUACCAUAUGAUGACAUGGGGCUUGGCAAUUUUGCUGUGUGUGGAGGGAGUUGCUAUGCUCUACUAUCCUUCAGUUUCUAGUUGUGAAAAUGGAUUGGAGCAUGCAAUUCCUCAUUAUGUCACCACAUACGUUCCACUGGCGCUUGUUUUGAUGGUCAACCCAAUUCUUUUUAGUAGAACUGUGGCUGCCGUUGCAUCUUUAUUGAAGGGAAGACAAGGAAUCUACACAGAGAAUGAAAGGCGGCUGGGGACAGAGAUUAAAAAUCGCUUUUUCAAAAUUAUGCUGAUCAUUAUUGUUUGCUGGUCAUCAAAUAUCAUAAAUGAGAGUCUUCUGUUCUACCUGGAAAUGCAACCAGAUAUCAGUGGAAGCUCCUUGAAAAAUAUCAGAAAUGCUGCCCUGAUCACAUGGAUUAUAAUGGGAGUGCUGAACCCCAUGCAAGGCUUUCUUUUCACAUUGGCUUUUUAUGGCUGGACUGGUUGGAAUCUGGACUUGCAGUGGCAAAAAAGCCCAAUUCCAUGGGAUUCUCUGUCUACCUCAACUGCUGCUGGAAAUGGCUAUGCUUUGCCAAGCGGAAACUCAGUGAAUUUCCAUGACUCAAAGAAAACAUCAACAGUGCCCAUCCAUCAGACAGAUGAAACUUUAAGCAUAUUGUCUGAAGGAAAUCUGGGCACCAAUGAAGGAUUAAUGAAAAAUUCUCCUGUCUACCAAGGCUGGUAAACAGGAUUCACUCACACAUUCACUGGCAAGAUUUGGUCUGCUUUAAACACUGUUAGCUUAUUUAUUCAAUUACUAGAUCAGCACUGAGGAAUAAAUGGAUAUAUGAUCCAGACCUUGAAGAAAUGUUCCACUUAAUAUUUACACAAGGUGACACAUCAUUUUUUAAAUGGGACUCUAUAAUCAUUUGUUUAACAAACAAAACAAGAAAUAUAUGGUUGUUGAGGCAAAUAUAAUACCAAUAAAUUCUGAGCAUGUCAGAAUGAAAUACCAGUAAAUUCUUUAAUGUAAUUUUAUGUCUUCUGCAAUUUGCAUUACCAGCAAGAGAAUUGUGCUUAAUAAAAGAUAUUAGGGAAUCUUAUAAUUCCAAUGAUUUAGCUUAAAAUUGAAAACUAAAAACAUUCCACUGUAACCUAGUAAGUAAUUUACAAAGCAUUACAUGCUUACUAUUAUUGCUGCCAUUUCUUGUUUGUUUACUUUUUCUUGGUUGAAAUCACCCCACAAUCGUAGUCAUAGCUGCUUUUUUCUAAAAUUCUUCUCCUUAACAAGUAGAGAUGUGAUUGUGCUAGAAGAGGGGUGAGGAACAAUGGACCUGUUUAUGACUUGUGGACUUCAGCUCCCAGAAUUUCUGCCAGCCAUC